GUUGGAUCUCUUGCAACAACUUAUAAACUGUUUAGCUGUUCAAGGUCAUCCAAGCUGUUGGUAAUUGUAUUUGCUUGUAACGGAGGUAGUUAUGGUAGUAAGCCCUCGCAUAACAAUAGUUCCCCAAGCUACUGGUGUGCAAAUAAAUUGUGAACUGACAAAUCUAACUAACUUGAGUCCUUCUGGUGAUGAUUUUCGGUGGUAUUUGAAGGCAAAAUGUGGAAAUUGUGGGGAAGAUACCCAUGACUAUAUAUAUCUAUGCAGCCUGGAAAGGACUCCAAUACACGACAGUCGCGGGGAUGCGAAUUUGGUUGUCCGUUGCAAGUUUUGUAACCGCGUUUCGAAUGCUGAUCUCGUCCCCGGUAGCAUAACUCCAUAUUUACUGGAGGAUUCUGGCCAGUUCAAAACUAUUGUAAAAUUCGACUGUCGCGGUUUAGAAUUCACUGAAUUUUCUCCACGUGUUGGUUGGUCAGCUUCAGGUGCUAAUUCUGGUGUAGUCUUUGAUGAUAUUUCGUUGAUAGAUGAGGUAUGACAGUAUGAAUUUUCAAUAACUAGUUAUAUAUUUCCAUUUGAUUACUUUUAAAAAUUGCUCUGGAAUUUUGAUUUAAACUCAAAAGUGUCGCUGUAAGCAAAGGUAGAUGCGAAACGGGGGUUUUUGGCACAUAAUUGAUCAUGGGCUGGUAACUGAUUUAAGUAUCAAGUUCUAUAUCGAUUAAGUUUGCAAUAUGAAAACAAUUAAGUUAUGUGACACUGGGGUGAACUGUACUUUGGGUAUUUCGGUUUUCUAUCGAUUAACUUAUGGAUUUUAACCAAAGUUUCUCGGUACAAAAAUGUAAGCACUUGAAUGAAUGGUUUUCUCACUCUUCAUGGUAAGUGAUACGGUAGAUAGUAAGUACAUUGGUUUUCUUGCGUUCUUCACUCCUACUCUUAAUCAGUCGUACAUGUCUAGUUCAAUUUAUAUUCAUAUUGUUUUGAGUUCUGUUCAGUGUACAAUCACUGUAAGCAAAAAUGUGAGGUACAAUUAAUUCGUCAGUCUUCCCAAUUAUUACUUUGUUUGGAUUUUGGAAAUAGUUAUAAAUCCGAUUACUGUCGAUUAAUUGAAGGUUUUUAUCUCUUGGGCACUAGCAGCUCAACAACACGUUAUGUCCUAUCUAUAUUCGCCUUUUCACUCUACUGUCAUUCAGACAUCUCCCCCUACAAUCAAAUCAACUUAAUUUAAUAGUAGUAAGGACAUACGUUAUAAGGGUAGGUAAGAAAUUUGUCGUAUGGACAAGAUUAAAGUGAAUUUCUGUGUAGUUUUUAUUGAAGUGGAAGAUUCCUAUACUGUACUAAUCACCAUGUACAUUUUUGAACGCGUUAAAUUUUCUUGUGCUAACGUAUUACCGUGCAGUUUGUUGUUCUCGAGUAAGCAUAAGGUAUCUUUAUUCUUUUUCACUCAGAAACCCCACAAAGUUUUGCUCAAUAGUUGGUGGGCUACACCUGCUGUAUGACGGGUAACGGUGCUUCUUAGCUCCCCAGAUCUCGGUGGGUGGAGCAUGGUUUGAUCCCCUAACCCAAUGGUUGAAAGUUGAGUACCCAUACGAAUGAACCACAGCUCCACUUUAAUAGAUAAGUAUCUAAAUCUGAGUUAGAGUAUCUCAGCAGUAUUUUGCAUAUCAGCCAUGAACUAAGCUUUGCUACGUAGACUGUUCAGUGCUGACCUAAUGAAACAUAACAUAUCCUCCUCAUCUCUGCCUCAUCCUUUGCCUUCACUUCCUGAUACUAAUAUCCAAGCCUCUUACGCCUUACCCAACCUCUCACUCUACAACCAUUGUCAGUGAUCACAGCCGUCGAAACCUCAUUCGUAGUCUCCUAAGAUCUCACCAUCGAUUUCAUGUAGGAGCUUUCUAUGCCCAAACUCUAUGGCAAAUCGGACAGCGAGCACCGAUCGCCAAAACAUUGCAAUCCCGCACCAUGUUAUGUCUCUGAGACAGGACCGAGUGUGGUUAUUAAACUGACCUCACUCAACCAGUACAAUGAAUCUUCAAAAUUCACCUAACAAGUAUCCGGAGAACUAAUAGUUUCUUUUUGUGAACUCACUGGUGUACACAUAGUAUUGAAUUGUAUAGCAGAAAGUACAUUUCUCGACUGGAUAUCAGUUAAAAGUCGUCUGUGUGCUAUCCGACUGAAUGGACCUGUGAGAACUGAGAAGGAUCGUGAAACUAGGUGAUGUCUAUUUGUAGUCUCCGCCUACCCAACAACCGAGUGUAGCUUAGAUGAUGCAAAGGAUGAAUUCAAUGAAAAGCCUUCAAGUUUGCUACAGAAAGCAAAACAUUCUGAUUUCGUCAUAGUGACUUCAACGGUUAGGUAGGGAGGCUGAGCGGAUGAAAAAAGCAUCUUCAAGGUACUUAUGGAAUCUCAUACCAACAAACUGACAACGGUGAUCGUAUGUUUCACGUCAGUUCUGACAAUCACUUGUUUCUGGCCAGCAAUAAUUUCAAGCGUUAGGGGAAAUAGUGUCUCACAUGGCGUCCACCAACUUCAAACCAACGAUGAACACAGAUAGAUGCUACUGCUAUAAACCAUUGUUGAAGAAGAUUGUUGCUCUUUUUGAAGUACCAGUUUGGACUCGGAUUACUCACACGUACGGGCUCGCGUCUUUCUGGUCGCAGAAGACAGGUGAUGGUAAAGCCUGUCUAUGGUCGAUUGGAAGAUGAGAACAUCCAGUCCGAAUUUAGGAAAGAGAGAGUAAAGCAUUUAUCUGAACACGACAGAAAUGCUCAUUGUGAGGAAACCUGGCGUGAUAUUAUGUCUACUGUAGAAAUGGCAGUAAAGACAGUUGGUAACCUUCACCCGUAGGUUUGCAAACAUCAUUGGAUUUCCACGACGUCAUCUGAAACGAUUAAUGCUAAGAAGCUGAUUUCAGCUAGCUCUGACCACUAUGGAACCACCACGCAAAACAAUGAGAGGCUCAUAGCGACUCAGGAGAGAUGGCUAGAAGGUUUAGCGGGACACUUUCAAGUUAAGUUCAGCUGCUCCACAGCUACAUUUCAGUUGCCCAACAUCCAGCCAGCCUGAACGUGAAUGGGACAUACAUGUCGGUCUUCCAACUCUCCUUGAAGUUGAAGAAGGUGUAUUGAACCUGAAACGAUGUAAAGCAUCAAGUCCUGACAGUUUGCCACCUGAAGUUUUUAAAGAUGUAGACAGGAUAUUGGUAAUUAGAGUGAUGGAGGCACUUGGCAGUCUACAGGAAUCAUAUUUGGUGUCAUUGGUCAUCCCAGUCUAUAAGAAGGGAAAGAAGUCUUUUUUUGACAACUCUAUAAUCAGGUUGACGAAUAUUGUGUUCGAGAUGUCGGGCUCUAUAGUUAUCCAAGGCCUAACUACAGACCGAGAACAGCAAGCUAGAGGAAACUAGGCAGGUUUCAGACAUGGUUGAGGAUGCGUUUAUCAUAUUUAACCCUCUUACAGGUCCUGGAGCACAGCCAUACCUACCGGCCAGUGGCCGACACUUGCCAUAUUUCUUGACCUGGAGAUGACAUUUGACUCUGUUGACUGUGAGGUGUUGUGUUAGUGUCUGACUGUGAAGGGAGUACCGAGAAAGUAUAUAAAGUGAAUCAAAGCUUUCUACUCGAGCUCGCGCAACCGUGUAAGGGAUUAUGGAGAGUUGUCAUGUGAAUUGACAGCAAUUAGUGGUGUUUGCUGAAGAUGUCCACUGUCACUGUUCCUAAUCAACUUCCUUAAAGACAACAAUGGAAAUAAUCUUUGGUACGUCUGACUUCAUAGGGAUUGACCUCCUCCGUUGAGGUCAUCUGGUUGACUUGGGGGUGUGCAGACGGUGACGAAAUGCAAGAUCUUCUGAAAGUGUUAAGCACAAAUUGGAGUAUGUUUGGCUGGAAUGCGUUUUGCUGUCACCUGUCAAAUGUAGGACAAUGCUCUACGACUGUGAUGUGAGGUUUCAUUUUGCCGUUCUGAUGUUGGUCCGCUUUGAAUGUGUAUGUCUGGGAUUACUUCUGUACAGAUGAAUUCUGUUUCCGUUUUGUUUUCUUUUUUGUGUAUAAACUUUUUAAUUUUUAUUGUUUCCAUAAUGUUUUUUACGGCGCAUCUUUUGCAGACCGUACGAUAUGCAUAGUGAAAAUGUAACAUAAGGGCUGGUGUUCAUAUCUCAGUGCCGAGGCAUAGCAUAUACAACAGAAAAGCGAAUCUAAACCUAGUGUUUUGGUUGUCGUGGUGUUAGUUAACUCCAUCCACUUAAAUCUAUGCUGCCCAGGAAUAUGAGUGCCCUCAUAGCUUGCUUUAUAUGCAUGUACUAUGUCUCUCUGUUGUACAUUGUUGUUGUGUCAUACUAAGUGAUAAAAAUUUCAUAGAUAAUUUUGACUGAUUACUGGCAGAGGGCUUUGGUAGCUCAUUUAGGUUACAGUCUGCAGGGCAGGCCAGUUAAACAAAGCUGAAGAUGAUUGCCGAUGAGGCUUGUUACUAUUUGGGAGUGACUGUUGAAAACCACAGGUCACUUGGUAGGCAGUUGGUUUUGUAUUUCUCACUACUGCAAAGUCGAAAUAGGACCUUCACAAGUGGUGGCCAGAUCAAGAGGUUCAGAAUCGUUCAAAAUGGCACUGAUAUAUUCACUUUUUACCAUGAAAAAUUAGAAUACUUUUCAUCGGUGCUUUUAUUAACUUUUUUACUCCUUUUAUACCCUAUUUCCUUUAUUUCAAUAUCAUACCUCCCCUUUUUAUGACGUUGUGAAGCGUAAUAGCUUGUUAUUAGUUUAUAUGUAAGGAAAUUUCUGUAUUAAUUAUGCCUUUGUGUCUUUUGUGACUCUGCAUGAGUGAGAAUCUACUGACGAACCUUUCACAAUACCAGUGAGGCAGUUUUCGUCAUAAUUCAUCAAUUUACUGCUUUCAUCAGUAAUCGUCUUUAUCAAACUGGAAUCAAAUUCUCAUUAGAAUUAUAAAAAUUCCAUCUUCAAAAGUUCUACUUAAACUGAUCAAAUUAUAAAUAUUUUCACUAGUAUACCAAGAGCGUUUAUAAUAUCAUAAUAGUUUGAGUCAACGGGAAAUACUGUGUGAAGUAGUUAUUCGAUCUUACACAUAUUGAGAAGUGAAAUAGCACAUAAUUUACAACGAAUUCCUGUUACUAGUUACCAUUUAUGGGAACAGCAACUAACAUUCAAAGUUAAAUCAUUGUUAUCUUUACACUAUACUGCAAAUUUUUAUUAGAAUAGCCAGAAGUGGCAGUGUCAAAUGUUGAGUCAUUUGUAUUUCAACUGAUUGAACAUAUAACCACGAUCAAUUGCACUACAGAUUCGAAGCCAUCUUGCAUACUUCGAUUUGUUUAUCUAUGUGAUGUUAUAAGCGUUCACAUAUUAUUGAGUGUUACUGUUAGCCUCGUGCACAAAUCCGCUUAUGGUUGCAGAAUGUAAAAAGAAAUCGAAGGUUAUCUGAGAAAUGUGAUGUAUUUCCUCAGCACAUUUCGAACAAUCUGGUCACACAUUUACUUGUCAAGGCAUUUUUUUAUAUGAAGGAUGAAAAUCGGGUGGGAUAAGGUAAAUAAAUUAAGAGAAUACAAAAUUUGGGAAAUAUCGGGAUAAUAAAAAGGAAUAAUACAUUUUUACACUUGCCGUGACAUUAAAAUGAGAUAAAGAUUACCAUGGUAGAUUUAAGGUAAGGACAAAUUGCUUUUGAAUACACAAAAGGGGGGGUUGAGUUUUCGUAUAGCUAAAGGCUUCAAUGAACCUAAGUAUACGGUCUGGACGGCUCCUAUAUAAUGGUCUACAGGGUGUUUUGGGCCAAUCCUGUGACUUGUUUCCGUAAUGUGUUUACCCCACAGACGAUGACGUCUGCCUGCCUCUUGUAUCCAUCGAAUUAUUUGAAUGUAAUUGUCUUUCUAGCCAUCUAGAGAUGUCCUCCACCAGCCUUGACUUCAUAGUUCGAUUACUGCUCUCAGUUUGUGUUCCCACACAUGGUAUACACAUCAAAGGCAUUAAUUGUUUCUACUCACAGCUGCUUCGUUUUACUGUGAGAAUCACUUCUAAAUUCUAUACAGACAUUUUAUUUGUAACUUAUAUUGCUUUUGCAUUUGUUUUCCUCUCUUCAGAGUUGGUUUGAAUAUGAUGAAGAAGGUAAAUGUGAAGUCAGUAUCAUGAAUAUUAAGAGUAAAAUAAUAAAACUUAAACAUUGAUAAUCAAUUUGAUUGUAUUCCUUUUCGUUAUCCACCUACUUUUCAUACAAUUUCAUGUAAAAUAAAUGGUUUGUAAUAAAAAGUUGUCUCGAAGUAAUUUAUUUGUUGAGUGUAUGGAUUGCAUCAAGACUGAUACAUUGAUCUUGGUGACCAGCAGCGGAAUCCAGCAC